GGUUCAAUGUUGCCUGUGACAACGACCAAGCUCUUAAUGGAGUAAGAGCUGUCCUGAUUCCAUUCGCUUUGUUUACAUCGUAAGCAUUUAGUUUACAGAUAAGAUUUGUGAGAGUCAUUUUCAAAAUGGGGCCUCUACCUACAGGUACCCGAACUCUGCACAUGAAGGAGAGUCAUGGCUCUGAUAUCAACACGAUGAAAUUCUACAACACCACAAAUUCCACCACAUAUGGACGAUACUGGGAAGCCUUCAAACCAAGGCCAGGGCGACACACAGGCACAGGCUACCUGUCCAACUUCAGACCUGCAGUGUACUACAGUAAAAAAUUGGACGAUAUUGAUAAUCCAGUACUUAGUGAUAUUUGUUCAAGAAAUUACCACAGCAUGACAGAAAUUCAUUAUCAACCAUACAAAGAAAACAGUGGUAGAGAACCUCUUCCUGCAAAUGUUCAUCAAGUUGGAUCUGGCUUUGUGCGACAGAAACCAGUCACAACUCCCAUUGAGAAAGAGGUGAAUGGAGUGUUCAUAGAUACACGGGCAGCUACUGCUCCGAAUGACAUCCUGCCCAAGUCUGUACCUCUACUUCACAAACUCCGAUCAAGAGACCCUGUGGAACUGGAAAACUGUGGAUAUGGUCCAAAAUACAUGUUGUCAGAAACCAAACAAAGAUUUGUCGGUGACCAGCCUGACAGAAUGGAUGUAUCAACCAAGACCACUGGUCCAAAGGAGGAGUCAGGUUUCACACACGCUUACAAUGUGGAACCAAUCACCUACAUUCCAGGAUCGUCUCAUCCAAAUGAAAAGCCGGGAUGGGAUACUCAGCGUCCAACAGGAAAUAGUAUAAUGAAGACACACUUCCUUCGAUCAGAAUACCCACAUGGAGAUGAAGGUCUACCACGUCUGGCUGUUGGGUCCGAGCGAGGUACAGGCUUCACCCGCGAGAAAGUCAAGCCCCUGUAUGUACAGAGGGUCAUGGGAGAUGCAUAUGAUAAAGCUGGUAAUAUUCCUGAUCUGCGGUUAGAAAGGACUAAGAAAGCUGAUCCCACAGAGUUUCUCAAUAUGCAAAACCCAAACAACUACUCAAGCAUUACGAUGAAGACAUUCCUGGGUAAACAGAGACCUGACAAGACAGAAUCUGACCGUCUUGACCAUACAAGUGCGGGCAAACAGGAACUUUCUGGCUACAGUGAAAACAAUGACAGAUUUGUAGCUACUGCUGAUGAGCCUCGAAGGUUCAUCACACACUAUCUUACCAGGUUUGGUCCUGACCCUAACCCACAGGGUAUAGACCGUGCAGGACACACCAGAGGAGGAUUACAGCAUCAGAAACCGGAUGGAUUUACAAAAAGCACAGCCGUACACUCCUAUGGUAACGACCUGGACACCACUGCCACACUGAGGAGACUGGAGCCAUAUGUCGCUAGGAGCAUCAAAGCCAGGGAUGUAUUUUAUGAUGACCACCUCCAUGAUGCUAAAUCAUACCAGCUGCAAGCAUCUGCGUAAACGUUUGAAACACUAGAAAAGGACAAAAAACACCCAAAUUUGCACUGAUAUGGAACUUACUACUGAAGGAAAAAAUGAAACAUUUGAACUAUUAUGUGAAAAUGAUUGUGUAAUGAAUAAGCCUUUCUUUAAAGCUUUUGCUACUUGCAAAAAAUAUAAUACAUCAAACAUUGAAGAGAGACUAUAUCAUAGAGUUAGGGCAGUGCUGUCUACACUUCUUACACGUGGAGGCUGGCUGACAUGUAUGGUCGGAUGUAUUUCUUAAGUAGCAUUGUCUCUCUAACAUUGUAUUGAAUUCCCCUCGGAAAUCUGUCUGUCCCAUUUUAUAUAAUACAGGUUUUGUCUUGGUCGGAACAACUAAGACAAGUGCUGAUUGUACACUUGAGAAAUUUCCUUUCCUACUUUCACCAAAUAAUUGGAAAGGAAGUCAUCCAAGUUUUAAAAUGAAGGUGUUAACAUGAGACAAAUUUAGUGCUGUGAUGUAUCUCUGAAAUAUUGAGAAUUUGUUGCACAAUUACCUACUGUCAGAGGUGCUGUCCAAGGACAGUGUGUGCCAAGUCAUGGAUUUACUCUACCAGUAUAUAUAUAAUACAAACCAUAAAUAUACGUCGGACACCAGUAUUAGUUUGUCUGUGAUGUGUUAUUUCCUGUAUCUUUAUAUAACCAUUUGUUUUCUUCUUCAGGAAUUGUUUUUGUCUGUCCUUCAUUGCCUAGAA